CCGCCUCAGAUAUAUCACAUUCUUUAUCCAAUCAACGUCUAAAAUUUUUUUUUUUUUUUUUUCAACGUCUAAAAUUUGAGAAAACCAUUUGUCCUUUUCUUUCUUUUUAAAAGGUCAGAAUCUUUUAACUAGUUUAUUACUUUAUUUAUCUGAUUAGCUUUAUAGAAAAAUAAUAAUAAUAAUUGUUUAUGUGCAACUGGUAUCAUGGAAUAAUAUUUCUGUCCAACAAUCAAUGAGGAUCAGUUGUAUCAAAGACAAUUUGCGUCUUCAUUCAAAUAAUUGAAAUUAAAAAAAAAGAAACAAUUUCACCAAUGAUUAUAUAGUGGAAUUCCUCAACCAUACAAAUUACCAGCGUCCAAUCACAAGGCAUCACUUUGUCAUUUCAAUAAAGUAAAAUUUAUAAUUAUACUAAAAUAAAGAAAUAGUGGAGCUAAAAUAAUAAAUUUGCCAGAAGUUUGGACUUGAAAAUAAAUAAAAGUUUCACACAAAAGAAGAGCUUUUUUUGGCAUAUCCUCACAGAGAGAGAGAAGAAGAAGCUGACCGGAGAAGACGAAGCAAGUUCGAAACUUUCGUCUGUGAGUUUUACUUCCUUUCCUCCUUUACUCAUCUCCCACAUUAGCACGCUUAGUAUUCUCCAUCCUGAUCUUGAUUCCACCGCUAAAGUCUCGACCUUUUUGUACAGUCACUUGAGAUUUCGCAUUCAGGAAUCGAUUUACGGUGGUGGGUGUGUGAGUAAUGGACGGGAAGCUUCCUCAAGGAGUUGCUGUUCGUGGUGGAGCUUCUUCCUACGGAGGAUUCGAUCUUCAAGGCCCCCUGAGCCAGCAUCUCCAAGGUCUUCCCUUUACUAUGGUUUCAGGACAAACCUGUGGUCAUCACUUGUCUGAGCAGCAUAAAGGCGAAAGAGAGAGUGAUGAUGAUGAACAACCAAGUUUCAACGAGGAAGCAACUAAAGGGUCUCCAUGGCAGCGAGUGAAGUGGACUGAUAAGAUGGUGAAGCUGUUGAUAACCGCUGUGUCUUAUAUAGGUGAUGACUCGUCUAUGGAUGGUGGCGGUAGAAGAAAGUUUGCUGCUUUACAGAAAAAGGGCAAGUGGAAGUCUGUUUCUAAGGUUAUGUCUGAGAGAGGCUAUCAUGUUUCGCCUCAGCAGUGUGAGGAUAAGUUUAAUGAUUUGAAUAAACGUUAUAAGAAGCUUAACGAUAUCCUUGGAAGGGGAACUUCUUGUCAGGUUGUUGAGAAUCCUAAGCUUUUGGAUUCUAUUGGGUAUUUGAAUGAUAAGGAGAAGGAUGAUGUAAGAAAAAUCAUGAGUUCUAAGCAGUUGUUCUAUGAGGAGAUGUGUUCUUACCACAAUGGGAACAGGUUGCAUUUGCCUCAUGACUUUGCUUUGCAGCGUUCGCUUCAGGUGGCGCUUAGAAGCAGAGAUGAUCAGCAUCGAGUUGAGGAUCUUGAUGAUGAGGAUCAUGAUGGGGAAGGUGAUGAGCAUGAUGAUGAUGUUGACCAUGGGGAUUGUAGGGUUGUUGGUGGUCCUUUGAAGAAGGCGAGAGAGAGCCAUAGCCAUAGCCAUGAAGGUGUUGAUCAUCAGGGCCAUGUGAAUUCUCUGGAAUGCAAUAAGGUCACUUUGGCUCUACCUCAAGGUGGGGCUGAGAGUGGGAGGUCAGCUUCUGUUCAGAAGCAGUGGAUUGAGUCUAGGACUCUCCAGCUAGAAGAGCAGAAGCUUCAGAUUCAAGUUGAAUUGCUGGAAUUGGAGAAACAGAGAUUCAGGUGGGAGAGGUUUAGUAAGAAAAGGGAUCAAGAGCUAGAGAGAAUGAGGAUGGAGAAUGAGAGGAUGAAACUUGAGAAUGAUAGGAUGGGACUGGAGUUGAAACAAAGGGUGCUGGGUGUUGAGUUAUAACGGAAUUAGCUUUUUGUGUUUUCUUUCUUGAUUUGUAUAUAGAGCUUCGCUAAAAUGAAGACUAGUUUUGUGUUACUGUAAGGUUUGUUUUUGAUUGAAAUGAUCUCGAGACUUUGAUGUGAGAGAUCAUUGUGGUUGCAUUCAGUGAUGAAUGUGGAGAAUGUAGUGAGGAAGGAUUUGGUUAGGAAAAGCACCUCUUGGUCUCUUUCUUCAUCAUUAUGAUGUACUAUUAUCUCUGACAUCUUAAUCCAAUAAUAUCACUUAUGUAUUUUUCACCU